UAAACCCAUUUCUCUCACAAACUCACAGAAUUUGAAAUCCAAAUCCAAUUCCUAGUUCUAAUCUCUGAAACCCUAACCCUAGUUUUUCAAUUGCAAUGGCUCGUACAAAGCAAACCGCUCGCAAAUCCACUGGCGGCAAGGCGCCGAGGAAGCAAUUGGCCACCAAGGCAGCUCGGAAGUCUGCUCCGGCUACCGGAGGAGUGAAGAAACCCCACAGGUUCAGGCCAGGAACCGUUGCUCUCCGUGAGAUCAGGAAGUAUCAGAAGAGCACGGAGCUCCUGAUCCGAAAGCUCCCAUUCCAGCGGUUGGUUCGUGAAAUCGCUCAGGAUUUCAAGACUGAUCUCCGAUUCCAGAGCUCCGCCGUGGCCGCUCUACAAGAGGCCGCUGAGGCUUACCUUGUGGGACUCUUUGAGGACACCAAUCUCUGCGCCAUUCACGCUAAGAGAGUCACUAUCAUGCCCAAGGAUAUUCAGCUCGCCAGAAGGAUCAGGGGUGAGCGUGCUUAGAGAGAGAUUUGUAUAUGACAACAAGUGGGUUGUGCUUAGUGAUUACAUGGUUGUUUUGGUAUGUUUUAGUUUAGAAAAAUUUGUAGCUUGAAGCUUUAUGGUGUAUCCUAGUUUUUAAAUAUUUUUGCUAAUGGGAAAAUAUUAUGUCUCUCUUUCAA